UAGGGAAAAGUAUUUACGGAGGGCAAAAGUGUCAUUUAACGAGCAGCAAAUAUCUUCUCGUUUCUAGGUCUUGUUUUUCAAAAGUUCACUCUCCACGUUCGCUCUUCUGCAAAAUAUCUCCGACGACGAUUCUGUCUCCGGCCACAGCUCCGGCGAAUCGCAUUUUCAAAUACACGCUAGAAGUGUACAAGUGCCAUGACCAGAUCCCGUCCACACAGAGAACAAUCUCGAAGUAAUAAUCGAGCGUCUCAGGAUGAUUUCUUGGAGGGAACUUCAGCAAGAACCAGGCCGUUAAGUUUUGAUGACAUAAUGCUUAGAAGAAAAAACAAGGGAAAGACAGCUACAAAAGUUAAAAACGGCACUGAAGUCCCUGAUUUUGAAUUAGCACAGGAAAACAUUGAGAAGGCUUUUGAUUAUCCAGAACUUCGUAGAGAAACAGAAGAGGGUUCUGAACCUAUGGAAAUAAGGCAUACAUCAAAUGAGUCUAAGAAGUUACGUUCUCGAAGAAAAGAGGAAGGAUCUAUGGAUCUUGAUGCCAAGUCAAAGGGUGUAGGGGAUAAGAAUGUAAGCAGCAGGAAAACGACAGAAGGAAAAAAUGAGAGACGAGAUCACAGUGGCAGAAAAAAUGAUGUUCUUUCAACUGUUGAUUCUGGUAAUGGAUCUAAUAAGAGGGAUGCCAUAGAUUCGUAUAAAAAGGGUCGAGUUUCUGAAAGAAGUAGAAUCAAAUCGGAAAUUGAUACGAAACAGCCUCGUAAUGAGAACAGGGAGGUUUACAGAAAGAGGAAACCUGAUGGGUGGAAGGGCAGUGAUUCUGAGAAUGAUUAUAAGAAAAGAAAUGCAAAAGAUGUGAUGCCAACAGAUAAAUUAAGUGACAGAAGCAGAGAGAAAUCCGAAAAAGACACCAGGCACAGUUGUCAUAAUGAAGAGUAUAAAACUAGAGGAUGGGGUACCGGUAAAAAAAUUGAUUCGGAAAGGAAAAGACAGGAACCUACACGAGUUCAUCUUGAAGAAUCCAGGCCUAAAAGGAGAAGAUCACGGAGCAGAGAGCGUGACAAAGGAAGAAGCAGAAGGUCUGUUUCACAUUCACCAAAGGGGCAUAAGCACACAUCAGAUAAAAGGGAGCACGGGGAACCGUCAUCUCAUCCUGCAAAAGACAGAUUGGGAAGAGAACAUUCGGAUGUCGACAAGAAACGGUUAUCCGUUAAUGGAUCUAGUAGUCACCUCAAGCGAAACGAUGGCCCUUUGAGUGGCCUUGGGGGCUAUUCACCCAGAAAGAGGAAAACCGAUGCUGCUGCUAAAACUCCUUCCCCAACUCAUCGUUCUCCAGAGAAAAGAUCUGCUGGAUGGGAUUUACAACCUGUCGAGAAAGAGAAUAACGCAGCUAGUUCAUCUCUUUCCGGUGUGCCUACUACAAGCCAUAAUUUAUCGUUGAACGUAAAGGAGUUCCCAAGUAGUACUCCUCCGACUCCUGUGGUGGUGAAUCCUAUUGGAAUUCCUCAUCAUACCUUAUCUUCACAGAUGCAUGCCAUUGAGUCUAUUCAGCUAACUCAAGCGACACGACCUAUGAGGAGGCUCUAUGUAGAAAACUUGCCCGAUUCAGCGUCUGAGAAAGAGUUGACGGAAUGUAUUAAUAAGUUUUUGCUGUCAUCUGGUAUUAACUACAUUCUAGGAACCCAACCAUGUAUCAGCUGUAUAAUACACAAGGAGAAGAGCCAGGCUCUUCUGGAAUUUUUGACCCCUGAGGAUGCUUCUGCUGCUAUUUCUUUGAACGAGAUGUCCUUUUCUGGGUCUACUCUUAAACUCAGGCGCCCUAAGGACUACACUAAUGUAGCUACUGGUCUUUCUGACAAAUCAGUGGCUGCUGUUGAUUCAAUUAGCGACGUUGUAGAGGAUUCGCCCCACAAGAUCUUCAUUGGUGGGAUUUCAAAACUUAUUUCUUCCAAAAUGCUUUUGGAGAUUGCCAAAGUCUUUGGACACGUGAAGGCAUUCCACUUUGAAUGUAUUGCUGAAAUUAAUGAACCGUAUGCAUUUCUCGAGUAUGCUGACCAUUCAGUUAGUUCAAAGGCCUGUGCUGGUCUUAACGGUAUGAGGCUGGGUGGACAAGUCGUAACUGCAGUAUUUGCUACUCGAGAAGCUGCUUUGGAGGAAAAUGUUGGAGAAAUGCCGUUAUAUCGGAUCCCCAAACAUGCCAAGCCACUUCUUGAGAAGCCCACGGUUGUUUUAAAGCUGAAAAACGUGUUGGAUCCUGAAGGGCUUUUGUCAACGUCCGAAUCGGAUCUUGAAGAAAUAUUGGAAGACAUAAGGCUGGAGUCUUCGAGGUUUGGUACAGUGAAAUCUGUCAACGUUGCAAAGCCUACAAACACUAUCAGCACCAUUGAAGCAUAUGAAGAAAAGUACACGGGUGCUUCUACUGAUGCGUGCGACUUAGGUGAUAGUAUUAUCGACGGGGUCGAAGAAUUUGACAGGUCAGAACCGCUAGAAACUCCGAAAGAAUCGGAAGAUAGUGGUUCUGGUAAUAGUCCUAUGGAAGAUGAAUUAUGUAAACCGCCUUCGAAUAGUGAAGAUAUUUCUAUGGAAGAUCCUCCCAACCAGGAAAACUCUGGUGGUCUUACAGAAGAAUAUGUGGAUCAACAAAAUGCCUCGGUUCUUGAUUCGGAAAGCAAUGAAAAAGUUUCCGGUUCUAUUUCAAUCGAUAAAGAAAACAUACCCUUAACCGACAAAGAGUUGGAAUCAGAAGAAAAUCAUGCAAAAGCGACGAGUCCCGAGGAAGAAUUGAAGUUGGAAGCAAACAAUGCAAAAAAGGCGACAUCUUUCGAAUCGGAAGGCGAUAAAGAGGAUUUUCACAUUGAAUUUGAGGGUUUAUUUGAGCCGGGCUCGGUUUUUGUAGAGUAUAGAAGAGCAGAGGCUGCUUGUAUGGCUGCACAUUAUUUAAACGGACGAAUAUUCGAUGGGCGUGUUGUGACAGUUGGUUACGUUGACCACGAUCUUUACCUAACGAGGUUUCGCAGGUAAUUAAGAGAGAUUAAUUAAUGUUAAUUAGUUGCGGGUAUUAUUAUCGCAGUUAAGGGAGAGUUAGAAUGUUGUUGAAUGAUAAUAUUAUGUGCAUUAAUAGAUGAGAUUUCCGAAUAGAUUAUUACAAGUUUGAACAAUUUACCGAAAAACCUCUGAUUUUGGUAAGAUUAGUUUUAGUGUAGCAGCCUUUUCGGCUAAUGUGUAGUAGGGAUGGAUUUUACAUCUAAAAACGAGCACGGUAUGUUCGUUAUCUUGACCUGUAAUAGCUCGAUUUUUGUUUUUUGUUUUUCGUGCUAGCUGAAAUAUAGAGCUCCAUUUUGUAUCUGUAAUUUGAAGUUAUAAACCAUCAUUAAAUUAUUUUCGUAUUUUAUCAAUUAACUCGUCUAUCGACUUGUUU